AUGGCGCGCACCAAAGAAGACGCAAAGCCGACUGCCACUGCCACUGCUACCAACCCGGCUGGCCCGCCUCGCCGUGGUCGAGGACGACCUCGGAAAAACCCCCUCCCCGCCAACACGACGGCUGCGGCCGCUACGCCGACGACGCCCACGACGCCGACGACGACCCAGAACGCCGGGGUCAAGAAGAGCGGUUACGUUCCGACAGGCCGUCCUCGUGGCCGCCCCCCUUCCGGAAAGCCCAAGACCAAGCCGGUCUACGUGCCCACCGGUCGUCCUCGCGGCCGACCUCCUGGUUCCGGAAAGAAGCAAAUGGCGGCGGCUCGGGCCGUCGAGGCUGCUGCCAAGGGCACGAACCCUCGCGGACGGCCUCGCGGACGGCCUCGCAAGGUCGAGGUCACCGUGACGUCGAGGCCUAUUCCGGCUAAGAGGGGGCGCCCGCCCAAGGUCAAGGCUGCGCCCGUCGCCGAACCCGAGGCUGAGGCGGAGGUUGAGUCCGAUCUCUUGACAAGGGUUGAGUCCGACAUCUUGACUAGGGUCGAGUCCGACAUCUUGACCAGGGUCGAGUCCGACCUCGUGACCGAUGACGAGGCUCGGGACGAUCCCGACGAGGGUGACGAGGGUGAAGGCGAGCCCAUGGACUUGUCUCCCAUCGCGGGAGACAUUGAGCCCGACGACGACUUUGCCGCCGACGGCAUGGAAUGUGCGUCUCCCCUGCAGCUCCUGAAGACAUCCAACCGUUUGCUCAACGACGGCGCAGAUUCCGAGCACGAUGAACGCGACCAGCACGCGGAGCUCCUCGUUGACAUGUCUGAAGAGGAGCUCGGUGGUGAGGAGUAA